AUGUCGGUAAAUAAUCCGGAUGCUACUCUGGAUCUAUUAUACCAGAAUUUGGAGCAGUCCAUUUUGGAGAUAAACCAUAGUGAUAGAGAGGAAAACCAUUUGACGGUGGAAAAUUUAGAGAAUGAGCAUUUCCUGGAAUCUGGAACAGAUAUGUUCCUCCCUCCUUCUAAUGUAAUGCGUGAAACAGAAAACAGUCAGGCCAGUCAGCACUUAUCUUCGCCCUUUAGAUUGGACGUGGCUAGUAGCGGUGACACAAAAAGUCUUCAAGGAGCUAGCGACACUACCCCCAUUUCUAUUAGUAACGAAUUCAAAGAUAACCAUAAAGUUAGCGAUAAUAAUUACAAUCUGGAACUCCUUUCAGGACGAACAUACAUAGAAUACUCUACAACACGCUCAAAUUUAAGAAGCCCUAAUUCAAUAAAACUGAAGGAGAUGAUAUAUGAUGAAGAAGAGCUAAGUAAGGACAAAACCUCUUCUGAUCCGCAAUUGUCAGCAACUUUAAAUAUGGAGUCUGCUACUGCAGAUUUACCAUUUGACUCGAUGACACCAUUCAAAGUAAAACAUGAUGAGUCUGUCAGUGAAAAAGAUGCUGAGACAGGAAGCACCGAAUUAUCAUUAGUGUCCGGUGUCGACUCGUCCCUACAGGUUAUGCAACCACCACCGGAGGUAUCGUUAACAAAUACGGUAAAAAUAAAUCAUUUCAUAUCAGGGAAUGAUGGUGAAAACCCUCCCUCACGACUCUCAUCAGGAUCUUCAUACGAUAACGAACGAACCGAACUUUCUACAACAAUUCAGAGCGAUCAUUUUCGUUUAUUGGAGGACAGCGUAGCUCAAGAAGACAAGCAACAGUCACUAUCAGAUAUAUCCAGUUCGUCUAUAAAUGAACUGGUUCGCCCAUUAGUGGAUGGAAAAUCUGAACGGCUUUCUCCAUAUCGGUUCCCCAAAGAUGAGAAAAUGGAAAGUGUUGUUACUUCCAUCGGUGAUUAUAAGUCUGCUAAGUUUUCUCAAACCCAGUCAAAUCUUGCUUCAUCAGUAUCAUCUUCAAGUGCUGAUGACGAAAUUUAUUUCGAAGGUCUCAAACUGUUAGAUACCAUAAAUGGUGUAGGGAGUACUCAGGAUUUGGAUGUGACUUCCAGCUGUACUGACGAUGAAAAGAACUUAAAUACUGGGGAUAACCUAAAGACACAUGAUAUAACAAGAAACAAAGAAGACAGCGAUGAUGGUGAGAGAACGACUAGCAACACUUCAUAUCCUUCUUCAAAGCAUGCUUUUCCUUCUGGCAGUAACUUGACAGCUACAAAUAAUGAAAUGAAACCACUUGACUCUUUGCCGCUAGCAGAAAAUGCUGACGAUGCAGCUGGUAAAAGCUACCUCGCGACAAAAGACAUUCCUGGGUAUGAAACGAAUUCCAAUCAUAGUCAAAUUAUGUCAGAAUCUUUCUUGGAUAAAGAGGUAUCAACAAUUAAACACUCAAUGGCAGAAGCUUCUUUAACCGAGAUGGUGGAAAGUCGUAGUAUGAUAAUUUCAAAUAACUCUGAAAGCAUUGGGACAAAAAUCACUAUGAGAUCCUUUUCGGUUCCUAUAUUGACACAAGCUCUUGACGAAAAAGAUCUAAGAAAGCUAAUAUCUUUAGAACUGUCAGUCAAGGAACCCCUUUUGGACCACAAGAAUGUUAAAGGAAAUGAUAUUAACGAGUUUGUUACAGAAAACGAAUCUAUCUCUAGCAUAGUACACUCAAUGAAUAACGAACACCCUAAAACUUCAGAGCCACCUGUUGAACAGAAUAUAAGUUCUAUUUCAUCGAGCGAAGAUCUGGAUGAAAUAGAAAUGGCAAUUGAAAAUUUACGUAUCGAAGGUGCAAAGGAAAGUGGUGAAACCAAAAAAGACUCAGAUGCAGGAAUUGAACUGCAAUUUCCUAAUCAGUCCAAUUUUGACUCUAGAGCAGCUUCAGGGGUCUCAAUUCCCUUCAGUGAUACUCCUCCGACUUUACCGAAUUUGCCUAAACUAGACCCGUUAUUUGACGACGCUUUGUUCAAAGAUGAUACAGAAACUUCCACUGAUUCGAUCAAAAAAAAUAUAGAGAAGAACCCAACCAACUAUUUGGCAAUAUGGCAUUUGCAAGAAGUCACCAAACCAGUUUCGAAUACAGAUAACGUUACUAUCAAGAAGGAACCAAAAAAAUCAAAGCUGGAAUCCAAACAAUUUAGUUGUACAUUUAAACCUCGCAUAGUCCAUAGCACGAAAAUACACUACUCCGAGAAAAGACAAAAUCCUGAAACAGAUUCAAUUUCGUUUAGUAAGGAUUUUGAAGGAGCAAUAGAAGAGCUGAUGUCGGAACCUCAAUCACCAAGAAUAGGCAGUUUGGGGAGCGGACCUCAUCAAAUAUGGAGAAAUAACGUCGUCGAACUAUCCGAUAUUAAUAAAAGAAAAGCUUUUAGCAUAGGCAGGAUUUUUGGUCCUGAAGUGGAAUCCUCGGGUAUUGUUAAAUCCUCAAGUAACAGGGCUUGCGUGGAAAAGGCGGCAAGUGUGAAGAGUUAUGAAGCCGACGUCGAGACGACGAAUGAGUUUAUUGGGAGCGAUUUCUCAGAAAUAGACGCCACCCCUGUCACCAAUACCAGUGAAAAAGUUGUCUCCACUCCUGUCAAAGGCGUCCCUUUUAACACAAACCAUAUUAGCAGUCCGUUUAAAGUUGUUCCAAAAAGGUUACAGGGGGAAUCUUCUAAGGCUAAUGAACGCUUGUUGUUUUCUGAUAUAAGUCGUCCAACAUCAAAAGCAGGAAAGUUGGAGGAGGACGUAAGGAAUUUCAGCGUUUUAGAUAUGCCUAAUACGGUACAAGAAAAAAGUGUGGUAGAAGAACCUAAGGAAAAACUUCUCGAUUAUGGAAUUGUAUACCUUUUCCUGGAUCGUAUCAAAGUAGAAUUGGAUGGUAUCAAGCACCACAAUGCGACUUUCUCCUUAGAGAUCGAUAAUGGGCUAAACGUUACCAACACACCCUGGAGCACACUUGACUCUAGCAAGUAUCUAGUUCUUAAUAGGGAACUUGAGAUUCCAAUAACGAAUCACCAUCAGCAGAUGAACAUUACGUUGAAAUGUAAAUUUGACAGACCAGAAACUCAGUUGGUUGAGGCUAUCCACAAAGUGAAAGUCGGUAAAGCAUUUGGAGGAUUGGGCAAGAAUAGAUAUAGAUAUGAGAAGAAAUUCGUUCAAAAAAAAAUAGCUAAAGACAGCUGGGACUAUCUUUUCGCCUUGGAUGGAUCUUUUGGGCGUGCUAUCAUAACGCUAAAUGAGGCAUUCUUGGAUGCUAUUGCCUUCAAGGUCGAUGAAAAGUUUAGUGAAAAUAUGAUGAACAAAUGGGCAAGAAUUUUUGGGCAAUCAGAUGGGGAUAAGCCAUUGCGUGAACUGCCACAUAGACUACCUUAUUCUAUUGGGAAAUUAAAGUACCAGUGCUCCUUCAUCAAAAGAACUUCGAAUCUGGAAACUUUCCCCAGUACCUUUGAGGCUGCGAAAAAAGUUGUGCAGGAGUAUCAGUAUCAACAGGGCAUAUACAAAGAGGGACGCUUGUUGCAAGACGGUGGGGACUUGGAUGGUGUGCUUCAAAACAGACUUUUCAAGCUAAAGGGGACUAGACUUAUUGGCUAUAACGAGAGUUCUAUGAAAGCGAAAAUCAAAAUCAAUUUACUCAAUGUUGAUGUCGUGGUGGAUAGUGAGCAGAUUUCAAAGAAAGGGAGAAAUUUCACAGACUUGUUUCUCUUUGGCGAAUCCUGCUUCCAACUUGUUUUCAAGGAUGGUGAAUCUAUAACCUUCAUUUCGCAGAACUGCUUGGAAGAAACCAAAGAGUGGUUUGCUAUCCUCAAGAAAAUUGUAGAGUUGAAUGUAACCCAUCAACCAUGGGUCAAGCAACUCUCUCAAAACGUAAGGACAGAAAAGACUGAUGAUGUUCGAAUUCGUAUGAAGAACUAUUAUAUUGAUAUUUAA